ACUUCCGCUUCCGUUUUCUGGACCAGGUCUCGGGAGGGGUGCAGCGGCUUCUAGUCUCUCUUUGCUGCCAUGACAGCCACUCUGCGCCCGUACCUCAACGCAGUGCGUGCCACCCUGCAGGCUGCCUUGUGCCUGGAGAACUUCUCCUCCCAGGUGGUAGAGAGACACAACAAACCCGAAGUGGAAGUCAGAAGCAGCAAAGAACUCCUCUUGCAGCCUGUGAUCAUUAGCAGGAAUGAGAAAGAGAAAGUAUUAAUUGAAGGCUCUAUCAACUCUGUGCGAGUUAGCAUUGCUGUGAAACAGGCUGAUGAGAUUGAGAAAAUUCUAUGUCACAAAUUUAUGCGGUUCAUGAUGAUGAGAGCAGAAAACUUCUUCAUUUUACGUCGGAAACCAGUUGAGGGCUAUGACAUCAGCUUCUUGAUUACAAAUUUCCAUACAGAGCAGAUGUACAAGCACAAGCUGGUGGACUUUGUCAUUCAUUUUAUGGAGGAAAUUGACAAGGAAAUCAGUGAAAUGAAGCUGUCAGUCAAUGCUAGGGCUCGCAUUGUGGCAGAAGAGUUCCUUAAGAAUUUCUAGGCCAAGGGCUGGAAUCCACAGCUUUGCUUUCUCAUUCUCUCUGCCCCGCUACCUUAGGGCGGCUACAGAGAGGCCACAGCUCAGGAGU